AUGCCGGAGUGGUAUUUCACGAGCACUCGAGUGUCGCGGAUCAAAUGUUUCAUUACGGACAUGAUGGAGCCGUAUGUGAUGGUGAAACACACGCCGAAAACACCGUUGUUUGAUAGCCGUUUUAUGGAUUAUGGGUACGAUAAAGUGGCACUAAUCGAAGAAUUCCGGCAGCGGAAUUAUAAAAUGAUGAUUCUGAACAAUGCGUUUGCGAUGGAUUAUCCGCAUCCGUUUUCGAAAUUUAAAACGGUGUACGCGCAAGAAGAGGUGCAGGGGAAGAUGGAGAAAGUUUACAGGAGUAUUUUGAGGAGGUUGGAGAGAGAGUAUGGAGGAAAGCCACACUUUCCGAUUUGUAAAAGGAUACAGAAGAGCUAUUAUGAGCCAAUACCAGAUGAAUAG